AAAAAAAAAACGAUUUUCUAUUUUAUUUAUAAAAAAUAAAAUUCUUUUUUUUUCUUUUAUACAUUAUAGCAUUUGCUGAACUUCAAACAGAUAUAGGAGAAAUAACAAAUGAUUUAUCACAUUCCGGUGUACCAUAUAAUGAUUAUCGUACAUAUUGUAUGAAAGUUUUAUUUCCAAAUGCUACUGAUGAAGAAAAAUAUAUGAUGCUUCAUAAUAUUGAAAUACCGCUAGAAGCUAAUAGACGAAAUAAUGUUCGACAAGGUCUUCAAUAUUUAUCUCAAUU